CCUUCCUGCACUCAACAUGUACAAGAUGGUGAUCGCAGUGUUGUCCGUUUCACUUCUAAUGGCCGCUGUUAUGGCUGACUCUAUCCCCGAUCCAGGAUAUGGUGGUCGUGGACACGGUGGUUACGAACGUUAUGAUGAUAUCUAUGGUGGACACAAUUAUGGUCAUGGAGGACGUGGCGAUUAUGGUCAUGGAGGACGUGGCGAUUACGUCUAUGGAGGACGUGAUGAUUAUGGCUAUGGUGGGCGAGGUUAUCAUGGCCAUGGCGGAUAUGGUGGCUACAGAGGAUAACGUGAACAUGUUCUGCAUGGAUAUGGUCGCUGAAAAAACUUAAAUAAAUUAUAUACAUUCGGUAACAUAACUUCAUGUGCUUCUACGGUAUCUAAUAAAAUCUAAUACCUAAAA